GGUAUGUUGCCACGUUUGCGCCAGACAAACACCCCUGAAUUGUGCGCUGCGGUUUGCAGAGUGGAUGCAGGAUGCGGGGAUGUUUGUGUCUCCUCUCUGAAGAGGAGGGGAGUGCGCCCUGAUUGACGUCAGCUUGUUUCGUGCAGACGGACAAUGAGCAGCUGUGUGUACAAAUUUACAGAAUAAACCCGGGCCUGAAAUCCCGGCAUCGCUGCUGCUGCUGCUAUUUAUGCAUCGAUAAAAGAGAUGCGACCCUGCUUUUUCUGCAUGCUGCCUUUUUCGCUCAGGUCUUCUUAAAAAAUGGAGGACAAACAUUUCGGCUCCUCUGGGGAAUACCUGGGCCGCUUCAUCCAGAACCGAGACUCAUCGGUGGUGAACAAGUUCCAGAAGAAGUACUGGAAAACCAAGCAGACGCUCAUCAAAGUCACCGGGAAGAAAGAGGACGAACACGUGGUGGCGUCAGACGCAGAGCUGGACGCCAAGCUGGAGGUCUUCCACUCCAUCCAGAGAACAUGCAUGGAGCUGCUAAAGGUUAUUGAGCAGUACCAGAGGAGGAUCUGCUUCCUUUCUCAGGAGGAAAACGAGCUGGGUCGUUUCCUUCGCUCCCAGGGGUCGCAGGAUAAAAGCCGGGCUGGGAAGAUCAUGCAGGCGACAGGGAAAGCUCUCUGCUUCUCCUCCCAGCAGAGGCUGGCUCUGAGGAAACCUCUGUGCCGUCUGUACCAGGAGAUCGAGACUUUCCGUUACCGGGCCAUCUCUGACACGUGGCUGACGGUGAAUCGGAUGGAGCAGUCCCGGACCGAGUACCGCGGAGCCUUGCUUUGGAUGAAGGACGUCUCUCAGGAGCUCGAUCCGGACACACACAAACAGAUGGAGAAAUUUCGCAAGGUUCAGGCUCAGGUCCGAACGACCAAAAGCAGCUUCGACAAGUUAAAGAACGAUGUCUGCCAGAAGGUUGACCUGCUGGGGGCGAGCCGCUGCAACCUCCUCUCUCACGUUCUGACCACAUACCAGACGACUCUUUUGCACUUCUGGGGGAAAACGUCUCACACCAUGGCAGCCAUACACGAGAGCUUUAAGGGCUGCCAGCAUAAUGAGGUUUCCACAGCGAAGGAUUCCACGGACAAAAAUAUGGAGAAGAAAAUAUCGGAAAGGGAAACAGAGGAGAGAAGAAACGAGACAACUAAUGAGCAACUAAUCUCAUUAGGACAUGAAGAAAAAAGUGAAAAGAUGAGAGAAGAGUUGGAUGGUGAGGAGGACAGCCUUGCUCUGCUCAAUGAGAUCCUGGGCGGUUUGUUUGUGGAUGAUUUCUCCCAGGAAUGGACCAAAGGGUCUGGAGACACAGAGGCGAGCGCCAGUCCAUCGGACACCCAGCAGCAGGAAAACUCGUUCUUUUUACCGUCACAGCUUUUGGACCAAAGCUUGAACAAGUCUUCUGCCUCAGACUGGACCGGGAUCGUCCCACAGCUGGAUUUAUCACCUGGAUCUGGACAGAACCCUCUAAAACCAGCGGUGAAAGAAACAAGCGGACCAUCCAAAGACCUGUCAGCAUGGUUCAACCUGUUCGCUGACCUGGACCCUCUCUCCAAUCCAGAUGCAAUCGGAGAAGCCAACAGAGAAAACGAGCUUCACACAGCAUAGUUCUUCCUGAGCAGCAUGACACAUUUAAAAACCACAUCUGCUGAAGCCAAAACCUGUUUUGGCUUCAGCUAUAAACUGUUUCCAGUAUGAUGACAAUAAGCACUCAUCAGAGGCUGGAAGGCUGGAUUUUUAAACUUCUUCCAAACGCCAAAAGAAACUCACACACAACAAUCAAGUCAGAACAAGUUACCAUAUUUAAAAUCAAUCACAAUUACUAGAUUAUAACAAAACAUAAUGCACCAAAUUUGUUGCUCUAAUAGCUGCGUUUCCAUUGACUAUAUAAUUUCGAAAACAACUUCACUUAAUGGAAACGUCAAUUUAGAAAGAAAUGUUAUCGAUUAAAAUUUUUGAUGGUAGUUGGUUUGAAAUUGGCUUAUUGCUCAAAACUAAAUUUGAAACUUUUUUUGCAUUAUACAUGAGUCAUAUGAUCAACAAUUGGAUGUUACUACUGGCAGAAACCACGAAGAAGACAGGAAGUAACAUGAGGAAGAUGGCACGUAAUUUGUUUAAAUGACUUAUUGUGUGAACAAACUUAUUCACACGUGAUUUAACUGCAUUUCUUAUUUAGUAGAAAUUGCAAAACUAUUCAAGUUUUGUGCAGAUUUGAAAAUGGAGAGAUUGUCUUGAGGAAUAUUCCCCAUUAAACUUGACCAUCCAUUGCUGUUGUCAUAACUCUUAACUAUAGAUGAAAUUCUGCAAUUAUUCUUCAAUUAAAAAGUUUAUGUUUCAGUAAUCUAAUUAAAUAUUUGAAAUUAUAUAGUGCACUGCUUAAGCAUUAUUUUGUGCCUUAAUUUGUAUAACUUUCAACAAAUAAAAACAAAGUGUUGAUUUGCUUAGGGAAUAUUGUCAUCUAAAGGUGAAAAAAUGUACAAAAAAAUUAAAA